AUGAAGCGGCAAAACGUGCGGACCUUGUCCCUGAUCAUUUGCACGUUUACAUACCUGCUCGUCGGGGCCGCCGUCUUUGACGCCCUGGAGUCCGACUUCGAGAUGCGGGAAAAAGAGCAACUGGAAGCAGAGGAGAAGCGUCUCCAGGGGAAAUAUAACAUCAGCGAGGAUGAUUACCGCAAACUGGAGACCAUCAUCAUGGAGGCAGAGCCCCACAGAGCCGGGGUGCAGUGGAAAUUCGCAGGGUCAUUUUACUUUGCCAUCACGGUUAUAACCACCAUAGGCUAUGGGCAUGCAGCGCCGGGGACCGAUGCAGGGAAGGCCUUUUGCAUGUUUUAUGCUGUCUUGGGAAUCCCUUUGACUCUUGUCAUGUUCCAAAGUCUGGGUGAGAGGAUGAACACUUUUGUCAAGUACCUCCUGAAGCGUAUCAAGAAGUGCUGCGGCAUGAGCAUCAUCGACGUGUCCAUGGAGAACAUGGUGACCGUAGGAUUCUUCUCCUGCGUCGGCACGCUGUGCAUCGGGGCUGCUGCCUUCUCCCACUACGAGGACUGGAGUUUCUUCCAGUCCUAUUAUUACUGCUUCAUCACAUUAACAACUAUAGGCUUUGGGGACUUUGUGGCCCUUCAAAAGAACCGGGCUCUCCAGAAGAAGCCCCUGUAUGUGGCCUUUAGCUUCAUGUAUAUCCUGGUGGGCCUAACUGUCAUCGGGGCCUUCCUCAACCUGGUGGUGCUCCGCUUCCUGACUAUGAACAGCGAAGAUGAGAGGCGGGAUGCCGAGGAACGGGCCUCACUAGCUGGCAACCGGAACAGCAUGAUCAUCCAUAUCCAGGACGAAUCACUGCCGCGGGGCCGGCGGAGGCGCGAGCCAUACCGGGCGGAUGUGACUGAUUUGCAGUCAGUCUGCUCCUGUAUGCACUACCACUCGCAUGACUUCGGCAGCUCUGGGGGAGGGAUGGGAGGCCUGGGCUGUGCCUUCUCCCAUCAGAACUCAUUCAGCUCGCAGCUGAAUCCCAAUCAGUACUUUCACUCGGUUUCCUACAGAAUCGAGGAGAUCUCGCCCAGCACCUUGAAAAACAGCUUCUUCCCCUCGCCCAUCAGCUCGGUGUCUCCUGGCCUUCACAGCUUCACAGACAAUCACCAGCUCAUGAGGAGAAGGAAAUCCAUCUAA